CACGACUGUCGCGUCCCUUCACGACACAGUCUGUGGUUUUACGGUUCUGUUUUGGUCAGCCGUAAAGCGAAACGCGUGAAGUCGGGGGAAGGUUAAAGUGAAUCCUGCAAAACACGCAUCAUGCCGCUUGUGGACCUGCAGACGCGUCUUGGCAUCAACCUGGACCGCUGGCUGCUGCUGCAGAGCGGAGAGCAGCCCAACAAGAGGCCAGCGCGCUGCCACGCCUUUGAGAAGGAGUGGGUUGAAUGUUCCCACGGGAUCGGGCAGACCCGCGCCAAGAAGGAGUGCCAGCUGGAGUUUGAGGACUUCUAUGAGUGCAUGCACAGGCAGAAGACACACGAGAGGCUUUAUGCGAUCCGUCAGCAGCGUGACAAGAUGAUGAAGGAGGGGACGUACACGCCACCACCCUGCCACUCAGGCAAGGCAGACCAGUUGCCAUGAGGGAACAUACAACUGUCCGCAGUUCUGUUCUUGUUUAUAGUAAAUCAGAUAUCACCAUUUCCAGUUCGCCUGUACAAGUUUGCAAAUAAAUGUUAUCAUCCACUGUA